UCCUGCCCGGCCGGCGGAACCGCUGCACUCGGGCUGUUGGAUCAACGCGGGGUGGAGUGUCCGCGCUUGAGGCUCUGGGACAGUCCUGGGACACAUAGCCGAGGAGUCGCAUUCACUGGCUGCAGACCCCGGGGAAGGCUCCCUGAGUACGGACUUGCUGCAGGAACCCACGGACAUUUCCAGCCCAUAACUGAGGUGCAGGUUGACUUCCACUUUAUCUCUGAAGCCUCUUCCUUGAAGCACAGCACUCCUUCUGGUGACAGUGCUCCCACUAUACGGGAAGAUGUUGCCGGCGCUGGAUCAGAUCUUCGCUCUGGACCGCAGCUGGAUACGCACCUCCCUGUGGAGUGCGGUCAUCGGCCUGCUCCUGGCCGCCUUCAUCAAGGUCAUCUUGGACUUUGCCGCUCUGCUCAGGAACUUCCAUGAGAAUUCCAACAAGCUGAAGUGCUUCGGCAGCCCUCCAAAGCGCAACUGGUUCAUGGGACACCUGGGAAUGGUUAAUCCAGAUGAGGAAGGAAUGCAAACGAUUACACAGCUGGUGUUAAAGUUCCCACUCGUCAUGAAGACCCGAUUUGGACCCCUGAUACACUUAAUGCAUCUGUUUCACCCCGAUUACAUUAAACCUGUCCUCCUGGCCUCAGCUUCUGUCGCCCUGAAGGACGAACUCUUCUAUGGCUUCCUCAGGCCUUGGUUGGGCGAGGGGCUGCUCAUCAGCCAAGGGGAGCGAUGGGCUCGACACCGCCGACUGCUCACCCCCGCCUUCCACUUCGACAUCCUGAAGCCCUACGUCAAAAUCUUCAAUCAGUCCGUCAACAUCCUGCACGACAAGUGGGGCCGGCUGAUAUCGGACGGGGUGCUCUCCCUGGAGAUGUUCGAUCACAUCAGCCUGAUGACUCUGGACAGUCUCCUGAAAUGCACCUUCAGCUAUGACAGCAACUGCCAGCUGCAGUCCAGUGACUACAUCAGUGCCAUCUAUGAGCUGAGCACGUUGGUGGUGAAGAGGGAACGGUGUUUACUGCAUCACAUCAACUUCAUCUACAAGCUCUCGUCCAACAGCAAGCGGUUCGACCGCGCCUGUGACCUGGUGCACUCCUAUUCCAUGGGCGUGGUCCAGCAUCGCCGGGAGAUCCUGAAGGAACAGGGAAUGGAGACUUGGCUUAAAGCCAAGCGCAGCAAAGUCAUGGAUUUCCUGGACAUCCUUCUGCUGUCGAAGGAUGAGAACGGCCACGGUCUGACGGAUGAGGAGAUCCAGUCGGAGGCUGACACCUUCAUGUUUGAGGGUCACGAUACGACAGCGAGUGGGAUCUCCUGGGUGCUGUACAAUCUCGCCAGGCAUCCUGAGUACCAGAGCAAGUGCAGAGAGGAGAUCGAGCUGCUGAUGAAGGGGAAAGAUGUCGAGGAGCUGGAGUGGGAUGACCUCUCACUGAUGCCGUUCACCACCAUGUGCAUCAAGGAAUCUCUGCGCCUGCACCCACCAGUCACCACCGUGGCUCGCUGCUGCACUGAGGACAUCAAGCUCCCUGACUCCAGGGUCAUUCCGAAGGGGAACACCUGCCUGAUCAGCAUUUACGGAACUCACCACAAUCCUGCGGUCUGGCCAGAUCCUGAGGUGUACGACCCGUCCCGCUUUAACACGGAAAACUCGGACAAGAGAGCUCCGUAUGCCUUCAUCCCGUUCUCCGCCGGUCCAAGGAACUGCAUCGGACAGAACUUUGCCCUGGCUGAAAUGAAGGUGACAGUCGCACUGACCCUGUAUCGGUUUGAACUGGCGCUGGACACAUCCCAGGAGGUGCGCAGGAAACCAGAGCUCAUUCUUCGGACCGAGGAGGGGAUCUGGCUCAAAAUGAGGCAACUGCCGGGGCGAGAAAUGCGGACAGGAUCCCAGCAACCUGUGGAAUGAAAACGGCGGGCAGGAUGGGAAGAGGUUCUUUCAUUGUUUUUGAUCAGCAUGGGUGGAAAAUGCAGGGGAGUUCUUGUUUUGUGUUGUGAUUGAAGGAUGAAAUGUCACCGGUGUGACUCAAGUUUCUUGCAGCGUUCUUACCCCAGUCUCUGCGGACCAGGUUGUUCCCGAGGACCAACUGCCUUAUGGUCACUGACUGGCUUUCUUGAAUAAUUGUGGAAUCAAAUAAAAUUUCUUUAUAGUGUUUCAA